AUUAAUUUCUGAUUGUCCUGGUCAAAAAUCACCACUUGAAAUUUAAUAUCUUUUUCUUCAUGUUGUCUCCUGCUUGUUGCAAUUUGGAGCGCGCCACUCGCGAGACCUGACUUUUAAAAAUUUACGACGUCCUCGAGCGCAGAUGUUUAGGGACUGCUCUCUGAUUGGUCCUCGGGCUCUCAGCGCCACUUCAAAGCCACGAAGAAGAUACAACUACAAAAGCGGCGAGGAGAGGAAACACAUCCAGUCCCUGCGAGCGCACAGACACGGAGGAAGAUAUCACAGCACAGGACAUGGCUGCUACGCUGCUAGGGGAAGAGCCCCGCCUGGGCAGUACACCACUGGCCAUGCUGGCCGCCACCUGCAGCAGAAUCGGUGACCCCAGCCCGUCGUGUUCCCCUGCUCUUUCUGAUGGAGCCCCGGGAUCCGUCAAAGGCUUCCACCCGUGGAAAAGAGGCGCACCAGGCACCAGCAACCUAGGUGCGUGCCUCACAUCUCUCGGGGUCCCCUCUGGAGUCUCUAGGAGUAACGGGACUGGACUGACAGAGACCUCCAGCGCUUUCGCAGUGACCUCUGCCCAUUCUCAUUUUGGAAAUGAUUAUUCGAUGUACCAGACCGCUGUGCCAUCAGACAACAGUGUUCCUGACCCCGCGCACACACAGCGGUCCAUGUUUCUGACCAAGUUCCCCUCCUCUGUGGAGAGCAUAGCUGGAAUAUAUCCGAGGAUGCACGCGCAUCCCUAUGAGUCAUGGUUCAAGCCCAUGGGAGAUGUCAGUAACGCGUCCACUGCCUGGUGGGACAUAGGGACCAGCUGGAUGGACACACAGAACCCGGCCGGGUUACCCUCUCCUCUAAACGGCUACAGCACUGACUAUGGCUCUGCCUUCAGCCCCGCCACCUCUCAGCACCUGCUCCCCGCCACACAGCACCUGUUUGACGGCUUCAGACCACCUGUGCCGACUCCUUACGCAGAGUCUACGACAACGGGGACACCUGCUACAGGAAACCCCGUUGUUUCUCUCCCGGCAUCUUCCCGUUCCUCAUCACGGCGCUACUCCGGUAGAGCCACGUGCGACUGUCCGAACUGUCAGGAGGCGGAAAGCCCUGGCCAAGGAGGCACGAGCCCGCGACGGAGGGGCUUGCACAGCUGCCACAUCCCGGGUUGUGGUAAAGUUUACGGCAAGACCUCUCACCUGAAGGCUCACCUGCGCUGGCACACCGGGGAGAGGCCGUUUGUCUGCAACUGGCUCUUCUGUGGGAAACGCUUCACGCGCUCCGAUGAGCUCCAGCGGCAUUUGCGCACGCACACCGGGGAGAAGCGAUUCGAGUGCUCCGUGUGCCACAAACGGUUCAUGCGCUCCGACCACCUCAGCAAGCACACCAGGACGCACAACGCAGAUGGCUCAGAGGAUGGCGGAGAACCGGGACUCGGGAAAGGGAGCAGCGACACGGACAAUAGCCUCUCCGGUAGCCCAAGCCAGUCUCCGGGGCUACAAGCGCGCGAGAUUGUCCAAGGCACGAAGGGCCAGAGUGCGGUGGAAUAAUUUACAAAGAAAAACUGGAACAAAGCAACACGUGGGCAUUUGAUGACACUGUACCAGCCUGUAUGCAGUGUGUGUUAUUGGACACCUAAAAACUCAAAUGGCACUUUAUGAUGAACACUGUGUCUUUACCUCAUCUAUCUUAUUUGUAGCCUUCUUUAAAAAUAAAUUUUUACUCUACAGUUAA